AUGAUUUCAGACGACAGCGGUUCCUCCUCAGAAUCUGAAGCUGCAGCAGAUCUGCUGGAUGCAGUCUUGGGCACAAGCAACAACUCUUUCAAGAACGUGAAGACAGAGGCCCCCGAAGGGGUAUCUGGCGCCUGCAGCUCUCCGCAACGCGACAGACACAAGAAGAAGGAAAACAAGAAAGAAGAGGACACCUCCGAGCAGGGGGAUACCCUCCUGCAACCGUACAAGGGAUUGAAGCUCGAACUUAAGGGGCUGCCGCUGGAGGUGGGUCCUCCCAGUUGCAGUAAGAGCACCGACCAGCAAGGAGAUUUGCUGCGGUUGCAGCCGCACCAGAAGCUGCUGCGACUCUCUGUAGACGGCGACCCUGCAGCAGAUCCAGCGG